AUGUUCUCAUCAAACCGCACACGUCACCAGGAAGGCAGCUUUUCGAAACAUCGCGCAACCAAGUCUAAAUCACACAAGAAGAACCCCUCGUUCAGGGAUUCGCCGAGGAGAGUAGAGAGACUAGCACAACAUGCCCAGGCAUCGUCACCGCAAUCAAAUCAAACAUCGCCGUCGCUAGGAAGUGCUAUCAUCACCAUAUCCGUUGGCCGCGAACAGCGGCUCUUCGCAGCGCACGAAGAUGUUCUAUCUCACUCUCCUUGGUUUCAAACCCUCUGUAGCGGCCAGUUCUUUCAGACUACCAACAAGCGCAUCGAUUUACCUGACGAAGAACCCGAAGUCUUCUCAUCGAUUCUUGAGUAUCUCUACAAGGGUGACUACUACCCGCGCAUGGAGUACGACAAGAAACGAAACAGCUGGAAUCUUGAAGAUGGCGGCAAUACCAACAAUACACAUGAAGCUGUCGUCCAGUCCUCGGUCGGACCGAUACUGAAAGAUACCGUCAUCUACUGUCAAGCUGACAAGUAUGGGUUGCAAGAACUAAAAAAGCUUGCGUUGAAGAAGCAAGGUCUCCAGUCAGGCAUCCAGUGCUCGACUAUCCUGACAUCUGCCCGUUAUGCCUACGCCAACACUCCUGACAACGAUUCGAAGCUCCGUGCACACUACCUCGCGCUCAUCAUCCGAGCCAGACACACCUUCAAGCGUAGCGGCACCAUGCAGAACGAGAUGGAGAACGGCGGCAAGCUCUUCUUCGACUUGUUCGUUGCCAUGGUUAACCACAUGGACGAUCUGUCGUCACCUUCAAUCCGCUGA